AUGAUGCCAAUGCUACCCAUGUGUGAUUCUCGUGCUAUGCUAAUGCCUAUGGGCCAAGGAAUGCCCGGCAUGGCACCUGCUAUGGUACCAAUGAUGCCAAUGGCAGGUGGUCCCAUGCAUUAUCCAAUGAAUAAUUUAAAUAUGUUUUCAGCAACUUCUAUUAUGAGUGAAUAUGAUAGACAUAUGUAUGGACGAUUUCGACAUGUUGAACGAGAACAUCCACGAUAUCGACAUGCUCCAUUUGAUUGGUAUCGACCACCUAAACUGCGUCACAAUAUUAUUCAUGAAGAUGCAGCUGUCGUUACACAUGAUGGCCCAGUACCUAUUGGUGAUUUUUAUCGUUAUUAUAUCUACGGUGAUGAAGAUGAUGAUGAUCAGGAUGAUUAUGAUGAUGAUGAUGAUGACGAGUAUUAUGAGGAUGAUGAAUAUUCAUCAUCUUUUGAUUCCGAUGACUAUGAUGAUACAGUAGAUCCAUCAUAUGAACAAAGAGCAGCUGGUUACCGACGAAACCCUCGAGAAGCUCCUGAUUUUGCUGAUGAAAACACACGUAUGAAUCGACCGUCUAUGGGUAGAAAUAAUUUGGGUGCAGCUAAUGCUAACCGUCGAACAACUUUUCCAACAACUACAGCUCGACCAGCCAAUCGAACGUUAGGUCGUAACGAUAAUUUUGAUGAUACAGCCUCAGUGAAUAGUACAUAUGACAAUUAA